UGGGCAUUUUUUAAAUUUUUUAUCAUGGCUAAAAUUUCCAUUUCCUAUGGAUGCAGGUGGGCGCGCAGAAAGUGAUGUCGAUUCAUUGUCUGUGAGGACCAGGGCUGUGGCUCAAUAUCUGAAAAAUCAAUCUCCUGCAACUCAAAUUUCAAAAGGCCAGUCAGGACAUCUGAGCUUGAACAGGAUCCUAGAAGGGAAAACGAGGAAUCAGUGUGCAAGAAUGUUUUUUGAAACACUGGUUUUGAAGAGUUACGGGUUCAUCGAUGUGCAACAAGAAGAAGCUUGUGGUGAUAUUACCCUAUUGCUGACACCAACACUCUCCAAGCAAAAUUCUGAAGCCAUUUAUGCUUCUUGGCAUCCCUUCAUGUUGAGAGGUGUGCCAUGCAUCCUUAAAAAGUUUCAAGAAGUUAUGGGGAUGUUGCUAACUUGACUGUACAGGUGAAGGUGGAGAGUUUGGUUUCUGCAGCAGUAUAAGGACUGUCCCACCAAGAGGCCUUUUUUAUUUAUGUAUUAUUUUCCGUUUUCUUUCCUUCUUUCUUUGGGUAGGCAAGCUGGGCUUGAACCUGAGACCUCAACGUUGAAACUCGGACUGUUACCAUUCAGCUGCGGAUUCUACCCACUUUGGUUUAACUUAAGAGAUCUGGCUUUCCGAUAACAAACUCAAGUUAGCAUGUUUCCUACCUUUUGCCACAAUGGGUAUGGCUACUUCUUGUAAUUAAUGUAAUUAGCUGUUCUUUUCUUAAUAGAAUUAGGGUGUGUUUUGCAGACACGUAGUUCAUCUCAUUUUUAGUUAAUUGUAAUUAUGAAUCAGAGAUCA